AUGACCCGGACAACAGGGACACUACCGGAAUACUCCAUAGGCGAGAGAGUCUGGCUAGAUGGGAAGAACAUAGAACUCAGGACAAACUCCAACAAGCUAGAUCCCAAACAACUAGGACCAUUCAAGGUUACAGAGAAAGUAUCCAGCCAUGCCUACCGACUGGAACUCCCUGAAACCCUGAAGAUCCACGAUGUAUUCUAUGUAGGGCUACUAUCCAAGGCACACGAGUCCCCAAGCCAGCCAUUCCCAAGCCGUCCCCCUCCUGAAACAAUAGAAGGGGAAGAAGAAUAUGAAGUGGAACAGAUCAUUGAUUCCAAGCGUCAACGGGGAAAGUGGUUUUAUCUGAUCAAAUGGAAGGGUUACGGCCCAGAAGACAAUUCAUGGGAACCGGAAGAGCUAUUAGAACACAGCCAGGAAGAGAUCAAGCGCUUCAACCAAGCUAGACUCAAAAAGGCUUGUGACUCUGCCAAGAGCCUUUAA